UUGUCAUUGUUAGUUGUGUUUUGUACAUCGACAUUUCAAGAACCUCGCGAAAAGAUGUCUCUUUUGGUUUAUACUGUUUUGUCCAUUUUACUGAGUGCUGUGGUCACGUCUUACAUAUUCAUCAUUUAUGGAGUCAAGCGUCGAGUUAUUCAAGCUGUUAAAAGCAAAAAUUCAAAUGAAACAAAUAGGACAGUUUGUGAAAAAUUUAAACAAGCUCCAGGACCCCGACCAUGGCCCAUUAUUGGCAACCUACAUCUGCUGGAUCGUUAUAGAGAUAAUCCCUUUGCGGGAUUCACUGAGUUGGCCAAACAAUACGGUGACAUUUACUCACUGACUUUUGGACACACCCGCUGUUUGGUGGUAAAUAAUCUAGAGUUGAUCCGAGAGGUCUUGAAUCAAAAUGGCAAAGUAAUGAGUGGACGGCCGAACUUUCUGCGGUAUCAUAAAUUAUUUGGCGGCGAGAGGAGCAAUUCAUUGGCCCUCUGUGAUUGGUCACAAUUACAGCAAAAAAGGAGGAAUCUCGCCAGACGUCACUGCUCGCCCAGAGAAUCGUCUUCGUUCUACAUGAAAAUGUCCCAAGUUGGCUGCGAGGAAAUGGAGCAUUGGAAUCAGGAGUUACGCAAACAACUGGUCCCUGGAGAACCCAUUGAACUGAAACCUCUGAUUCUCAAGGCCUGUGGAAAUAUGUUUAGUCAGUACAUGUGUUCCCUGAGAUUUGAAUAUGAUGAUUUAAACUUCCAACAAAUGGUUCAGUAUUUCGAUGAGAUUUUCUGGGAGAUCAACCAAGGACAUCCACUAGAUUUUCUACCCUGGUUAUAUCCCUUCUAUCAGCGACACCUUAAUAAAAUUAUCAACUGGUCCUCGACCAUUCGGAAAUUUAUAAUGGAGAGGAUUAUCAAUAACCGAGAGCUUAACAUCGAUUUGGACGAGCCGGAUCGAGAUUUUACAGAUGCCUUACUAAAAAGUCUCAUUGAGGAUAAAGAUGUCUCUAGAAACACGAUUAUUUUUAUGCUGGAGGAUUUCAUUGGCGGACACUCGGCGGUAGGAAAUCUUGUGAUGCUGGUACUCGCCUAUAUAGCAAGGUAUCAGGAUAUAGGAAACAAAAUCCAAGAGGAAAUCGACGCCAUUAUAUCGGAGGAAAAGAGAAAAAUUAAUUUACUGGAUAUGAAUGUGAUGCCCUAUACGAUGGCUACAAUAUUUGAGGUACUGCGGUAUUCAUCCUCACCAAUUGUCCCCCAUGUGGCCACCGAGGAUACAGUGAUCUCUGGCUUUGGGGUAACAAAAGGCACUAUUGUGUUUAUCAACAACUAUGUGCUAAACACAAGCGAUAAAUAUUGGGUUAGCCCCAAGGAAUUUAAUCCGUUAAGGUUUUUGGAAAGACCGAAUGAGAAAAGUCCAAAAAAUACGAAUGGCUCUGAUUCGGGCAUCGAAAGCGAUAAGGAAAAGUACCAACUAAGGAAGAAUAUUCCACAUUUCUUACCCUUCAGCAUCGGAAAACGUACUUGCAUUGGACAGAACUUGGUCAGAGGAUUUGGUUUCCUCAUCCUGGUCAACAUAAUGCAGAGAUAUAAUAUAAGCAGUCACGAUCUAUCAACCAUUAAGAUUAGUCCAGAGAGUUUGGCACUGCCUGCCAAAUGUUUUCCAUUGGUUCUGACACCCAGAGAAAAUAUUUAGAUUUAGUAAUAAUAUAAUACAACCGACAUUUACAAAUAUUAAUAAUAAAUUAAAAAGAUCAUCCUUAAAUUCUAUAUUACCAAGACUAAAUCGAAAAGUAAAACUAUUUCAAUUGUGAGUUUAAUUUCAAAGAUUCUUUUAACGCAUAUACGUAGUUUUUAUUUCAUUUUUCUGCAUUUUGUACGAUAACAUUCACACAAAGCCUUAUAGUUUCACACCACACUAUAAAAAUCUCACAUACAUUCGACUUAUGAGGGCUUAAUGCUAGAUUAACUCGUUAUGAAUUUCGUUAUAAUAAAUGACUCAUAUAUAUA